AUGUUGUCGCUGUUGUCACCAUGGUCACUGUUUUAUCUGUUGUCGCUGUGGUCACUGUUGUCGCUGUUUUCACCGUUGUCACUUAUGUUGGUGCUGUCGCUGUUGUUGCUGUUUUCCAUGCUGUCACUGUUGUCGCUGUUGUCAGUGUUGUCGCUGUUGUUGGUGUUUUCAUUGUUGUCUGUGUUUGUGUUGUCACUGUUUUCACUGUUGUGGCUGUUGCGGUGUUGUCACUGUUGUAGCGGUUGUCACUCUUGUUGCUGUUGUCACUGUUGACACUGUUGUCGCUGUAUUCGCUGUUGUUACUGUUGUCACUGUUGUCGCUGUUGUCACUAAUGUCACUGUUAUCGCUGUUGUCACUGUUGUUGCUGUUGUCCCUGUUGUUGGUGUUGUCAUUGUUUCCCUGUUGUUACUGUUGUCACUGUUGUCGCUGUUGUCGGUGUUGCCGCUGUUGUCACUGUUGUCGCUGUUAUCACUGUUGUCACUGAUGUAACUGUUUUCCUGUUGUCGCUGAAGUCACCAAGGUCACUAUUGUCGCUGUUAUCACUCUUAUCACUGUUGUCGCUAAUUUCACUGUUGUCACUUUUGUCACUGUUGUCAGUGUUGUCACUGUUGCCGCUAUGGUCACUGUUGUCGCCAUUAUCGCUGUUGUCACUCUUGUCACUCUCGUCGCUGUUGUCUUUGUUUUUACUGUUGUCACUGUUGUUGCUGUUGUCGUCGUUGUCAGUGUUGGCACUGUUGUCGCUGCUGUCACUGUUUUCAGUGUUCUCGGUGUUGUCGCUGUUUUCACUGUUGUCACUGUUGUCGCUAUUGUCGCUGAUGUUGCUGUUGUCAAUGUUGUCGCUGUUUUCCCUGUUGUCGCUGUUGUCACUUUUGUCACUG